AUGGCUAUUGAUGCCAAUUUUCGAUUGAAAAGACGGGAUAUAUCCAGUGAUGAAGCAGACCCAAGUCUCUCAAAGGGAUGGUCAUACUUUGUGGAAGAGGAGAAGUUCAAAUCACAUCUCAAGGAGCAUUGUCCGAGACACAGGAGGUACAUUAACAUGGACUACCUGUUUUUCUCUACACUUCGCAACAACUGUCUCGACGUUCUGAACGUAUUGUAUGACAUUUUCCACCUUCCAGCACAUAUCAAGAAGUGUCAGACAAUGUUCUCUUUCAAUUUCACGCAUUUUGUGGGUCAUACAGAUGGGGAGGCGCCCGAGCGUGGUUGGUCCAACAUAAAUCUGGUCGCAUCAAGUACAAAGGCAAUGGGACCUGGCUGUUGUAGGGACACAUUAGAUGAUCAUUUUGGGGAUUGGAACUGGAAAAAAGUUGUUGGCUUAGCAUGGACAGUGGAGAUGGAGAAAUGGGAGGAAAACCCCAAUGACACAUCAGUCACUAACACCCUCGAGUCCAAGUCAAUCCAAAUCAUGCAAGCUGCAGCCCAUCUGAAACUUGUGGAGAUGGAAGCUGAAGAACUGGCUCAUGGGAUUGACCUAUCUCUGCACCCCGACAUCUCACCAAGUGUACUUAUCGUGUUGGGAUUAGACCUCGAAGAGGAAGAUAAGAUCCAAAUGUGGAGAAGUGCACAGGUUCUGUACAUACCUGCAGUACAGAUUCUCACUACUACUGUGGUUUCCGACCCUCAUCAGCCGUUUGAGAAUGCUGUGGAUAUCCACCUGUGGUUGCCAUCUAGUCUGAAAGGCAAACCAUUGGCAUGUACAAAGAGAUACAGGGUUGCGUGGGAGGCACUGAAGACCCUGGCACCCCUCUUGAAGAAAGUGGGAUGGCGAGGAUGGCUGCAAGACCUGAAGGAUGAAGAUGUGAAACCAUUAGUGGACCCUUUCAGUAGAGAGACCAAAGGCCGCCGCCGCCUGACGUGGAUCUGGAUGAUGACAGGUGUAGAUACAGGUAGUGAUGGCGGCGACGUGGAUGGAGUUCGCGUGGAAUGGUGCAAGUCCAGAGCAAGAGCAAUGCACUGGGCGGAGGAGAUGCGAAGGGUGCUACAGUUUUUCGAUUGGCAAGCCAACUGGUGGGAUGAGCAGAAGGACCAGCUCAUCUGUGAGACAGCAGCUCAAUCUAGUGUACUGAGGGGCCAGGCUACUACUAGGGAGGCAGCUCUGAUGUUGUGUGGGACUUGUGCUACAUCCCCCUUACUAUUGAAGGCUUUUUUGUGGAAAGCAGUGUUCGCAUUACUCAUCAAAAUUAAAUUAGCAUGCGAGUUUGCGACAAUGUUGCGAUAUUGCACCAUCACUGCCUGCAAGGACUGGUAG